AUGGGUGCCUUGCCGAGUCGAGAGACGCAGCGACGGGGGGUGUACAGUCACCGACAUGGACGUAACCGGCGGAAUGAGGUGGUUCUCAUCCCACUUACCGCCGAGUUCUUUCCGGAUGAACACUCUCCUCUUUUUGAGCGGCUCUACCAGGCACGGCACCACCGCACGGCGAAGUACUACUACCGUGCCGUGCGUCCUGCGAACACAGACUGGGAUUCGGACUACUACUGCCAGACAAUAGCGCAUGCGUACGGUCUGGACCUGAGCGAUCCUGAUGGACCAGACAAGGACGGUCUGUUUGAGAAAUCCUUCACGGACAGUAUUGAGGGUCUUUAUCAUCGACUGAUAAGAGAGACGGAAUACUGCAUGUGUGAAUCGGAUGAGGAGCUCAGGCAAAGAUAUAUGGUGCAGCUGCAACAACAACAACAACACCAGCGGAAGCAGCAGCAACAACAACAAGAAAGACGGAGGUCCACUCGGCAAUUUCCUAGCAGUACACAUGAGGAAUACUUUGGCACGGGGUUAAAUGCCUACGUAUCCGGCUACAGGGAUGCUGUCAUGUACAUGCAAGGGAAGGAGCAACACACGCAUCGAAACAAAGAUGGCACACAUGUGACGUCACCGGCCGCCUUUUAUCUUCGUCCGGUUCCAUGUGCCAUUAUUUCACGCUAUGAUGCCCAGAGGCCACAUGCCGAGGAGGGGGUGGAGUUUCUUGGAACCACCGUGAAGGUGCUUGGAAUGUUUGGACUCUUUCCCACAACCAUUCCAAUGACCGUCAAUGGGGAGACCGUCGAGCAGCACAUGCUGAAGGCCACUAUGUUUGUGGAUAAAGACGUUGGGGAUCAAAUUCUCGGUAAUGUUGUGAUGCUGGCGGUCCAUAUGUACGUUCGUCAGUGCUUGGAGGCACGAAUAAGGGCACCAUACAUCCCGAUGGUGCCAUUUAUUCUUCGUGUACCCAUCUCCAACAUUCCUAUUUUACAAUUUGUACGGGAGAUGCGUGUGCGACUUCAAAGUCUGCUUGACGCCGGCACGCCUCGGAGUGGAGCGCGGCCGGUUCGCGGCGGAUCGAGCGGCAGUGGCGGUGGCAAAGGGGGAAGUAGUGCGGUUGGUGGCAGCGGCGCUGCUUCCACCACUGACUGCGCGGAUAUUGGUGACACGUAUGUGGGGAAAUUCGAUGCGGAUGCAUUUCUUUUUGAGGAAGACAUACCGAGCGCGACGUCCCCACGGCAGCUCUUCGCAGAGCCGUCGGAGAUGAAAUGGCUGCGCAAUCAUACCAGUCAAAACACCAACCCGGAAGGAACAUUGCCGAUCCUCAUGAUGUCUGGUGUGAAUGUUCAGACGACACCUUUGAAGCAUCUUUCCAUGACGAAUAUGUCACACGUGCGUCUCCCGGCGUGGGUGACAGAGGCAUCCAAUGAAGGCUCUCUUCCGAAAACGACUACGUCGCAACAACAAAAGCAGUCCAAAUUGGCAUUUCUUCUCGCUUGUCGUCGAAGUCGCUUUCGCAUUUGGGUCGAGGAUGGCCGGCUGUGUGUUUGGGCCAGUGCGGCAUAUGCUCGUCGUGGGUGCCUCCUCCUGGCGCAGCAGUUGUCGCUGACGGUGGAUAGCAAGGCUUUUCCCUUGCCGCGCUUCUGGAAUUACCGUGGCUUGCUGCGGGCUGGAAUGACCGUGCCAGAACCAAUGCUGCACAACGAUGUGUUUGUCGUGGCGCACGACAUGCCCUCUGUGGGGUUGUAUCAGGGGGACAUCUUGCGUUGCAGUACACCGCGCGAGAUUGCAGAAAGACAGAAACAACAACAACAACAACAGCAGCUACUGUUAUCGCAAAUUAAACACUCCGGCGGCAUGAAUUCCACGGCGGCCACUUCGCCAUCGUCUGAGGCGGCCUCCACGCGUCGAGGUUUUUCUAACUACGGGGUUCUGUCUGCGAAGGAGCCGCCAAGCCCGUCGGAGCAGUCAAGUCAGAAAGCGAACUACACCAGCAACCACACAAGCAACAUCUUCCUGCAGGAUCCCAAAGAGGCGCCGGUAGGCGCCUUUUGGGUGCAUGUAUCGUUUGACCGUGAGAAUAGUGGGCCUUCUAACAGCGAGAAGCGGCGGCGUGGCAGUGCGCCGGAGGCACAGCAGUGUGACUUUAUCUCGUACAGACAGACGAAUGUGGAGGAGGUUCUCUUGUCGUGGAUUAAGAAAAUAUGCAUUCAGGCACGUGAUUUCUUGGAGCCCGAUGAGCACUGGGUGCGGGAUCCGAUCACACGGGCCCUGGUGCAUGUGGACCGCUAUGUCAUUCGUCGAGUGGAACAUGAUGGCAUGCGCUACUUCAUUGGUAUCACACCCCGUUUUGUUGGACAGCAACGGCGCCUGGAGAAGGUGCUUGUGGAGUUGAAGGCGAUGCAAGGGGAGGAUCCUUCGUAUGCAUGCGGGGAUGGCAAUAAUGAUGCGGAGGAGAACAGCGAGGCGGAUGAGGGCAGCGCGCCGGAACAAGCAUCGAUGGUGCAUGGAGGAGAUGCAUCCGUGGCAUUGCUGGUGGAGGAGGUGGAGGAGGUGGAAGAGGAGGAGGAGACGACGAUUCAUGCAUCGGAGGCAGUGCCGUCCACAACACAGGAGGGAGUCGCACCCUGUGAGGAAUGCAAUGACAUGAACGUCCGUCUAAAAUAA